AUGAGAAGGGCAGGAGUCAGUGAAUCCUGUCCUAUGAGCCACAAAGGCCACAUAGGAGAGCCAACCAAGGCACAGCCGGGCCAGAGAAUGUCAGGUGUCCCUAAUAAUGCUGACCAUGGAUUCUCUUCCGUCUUGGGGAUGGGCCAGUGGGCUGGCAGGGCUUUGGUUCUAGAUGGUUGUGCAUCUGAAGGCCUGAGAGCAUACCUGUGUGCGAACAUGAAGAUUCAGACAAAGCCAUUCCGGGUACAACACCCUCAGGAAGAACUGUGUGCAGGACUGCGGUCUGAUCCGAAGAUUCCCGGAAUGGAGACUCGCCAAGACUGCUCCACCACUUUCAGCGGGAUGCGGGAUCUGGGAGCUGAUGGGGACCAGGAGCAACAGCAUGGUGGGAAUGCAAUGGUCUUGAAGGACGGAGAGGAAGGAGGCAAGGAGGGGCUUGAGCAGAGCAAGCCCGCUCAGGGAGAGCUUGAUGAGGGCAAACUUGCUCUGGGCGAACUUGCUGAAGGCAAGCCUGCUCAAGAGGAGCCUGCUCAGAGCAGUCUCGCUCAGGAAGCCACAGAAGAGGCUAAGGAGGGAGAAGUCAAAGAAGAAGCAAUGGGAGGAGGCCAUGCUGCCGCUGGUAGUUCUGGCCCCGUGGACAACGAGGUCCAUGAGGAAGGUGGCCAGGGCGGCAGCGGGGCUCAACAGCAGCCUCAGCAAGAGGGGGCGGCGGCGAUGCCUGAGGGCGCCAAUAGUCUCCAGACUAGGGAAAGGCUGCCUGUCAGGCGCCGCACCAGAUUCACCCUGUCUCAGCUGCAGGAUCUGGAGCAGCUUUUCCAAGAGAAUCGCCACCCCAGCUUGCAUAUGAGGAAGGAUCUUGCAAGAUGGCUGGGUGUGUCUGAAGAGGACGUGCAGGAUUGGUUUAGGAACAGGAGAGCCAUUUGCCGGAGGAAUACUAGAUUGCUGGUGCUGUGCAGUACUCCCCCUGCUCCCGAGAACAGCGAUGCCUGA